AUGGAUUUCACAUUUGGGGGAAAAUAUAGGCUCGAGGAAGAAAUCGCCAUUGGGGGAUGUGGUACUGUCUUUCUUGGUGUGCAUACGAUAGCUGGCAAGGAAGUGGCCAUCAAGUUGGAGCCGGCGAUAGCUAGAAACAGUCCACUGAAACAAGAGUCAAGAAUUUACAAGACUUUGAUGGGGGGUCCGGGCGUUCCAUGGAUAAUGUGGUCUGGAAAGCAGGGUGACUACAAUGUCAUGGUCAUCGACCUAUUGGGACCAUCCUUGGAGGACCUUUUCAAAAUGUGCAACCGGCAUUUUACACUGAAGACCACGUUGAUGUUGGCUGACCAGCUUAUAUCACGCAUCGAAUUCAUUCAUUCUCGAGAUUUCGUUCAUCGCGAUGUGAAACCUGCCAACUUCGUUAUGGGCACGGAUAAAGCCACUGACCUAGUGAAUGUCAUUGACUUUGGACUUGCGAAAAAGUUUCGUGAUCCCAGGACCGGCUCGCAUGUUCCGUACAAACAAGACAAUCAGCAUGGCGUUGGCACCUCGCUUUUUGCUGCAAUCAAUACUCAUCGUGGGAUCGAAUGCUCGCGUCGAGACGAUCUGGAGUCACUUGCAUACAUGCUUGUUUAUUUCAUCCGUGGCACACUUCCUUGGAGAAGGAUAAAAGGAUCCACCGUGUCUGAAACAUGGGAUGCGAUACGGGACAAGAAAAUUGAAGUGGAGUCCUUGCUCACCGUCGGUCUGCCCAUCGAAUUCGAUGUACUGUAUAAAUACGCACGAGGUCUCGAGUUUGAAGACCUUCCCGACUAUGAUGGAUUGCGGGCUUUAUUCAGAGGUUUAGCGAAAAAGAAGGGAAUUGAUUACGACAAUGUGUAUGAUUGGACUCUUGGAAACGAAAAAGUGAAGAAGAGGUUCUGUGAGGCGUGCAAUGCACGUCGGUGACAUGUAUGACUUGUUAAAAUAUGAAACAGGCAGAGCGACGGUUCCGAACUAGGACACGCGGCUACAGCCUCACCAAGCGUUAGAUGUCGAGACCUUCAAUUGACCAUGCAGCAAAAUUACGUAGACUGCGAUACAGACCCUGUCAGGAUAUCAGGCCGCUAUGACGCUUGGAUUACCACUUUAUGUGAUUAGGGCAUUUUUUUACACCAACCUUUAGGUCUACAUCGGCCGCCCAUAACGUCUCAGAUACCAUGAGAUGGACCCAAAUGGGAAACUGUUUUGUAUUUUCACCAAAUCUCGUCGAUGUGCAUGCCUCGUGCAUCCACACGUUGUACGUGAGGAACUCGGGGGAACUGCGUUUGAAUGAUCGGCACUUUGGCCGGUCCUUGAGUUGUGAAAGAGGGGUCUCCCUGGAUGUAAAGAAGCUGCUUUUUCGUGCAUUUUUAUGUGUCCUGUUCCGUGCUGUAUGUUAUGAUGUAUGUUGUAUGCAUGGAGAAAUAUGCUGUUCUUCUCU